AUGUUGAGUACUGCGCUGAGACUCCUGAUGCUGGUGGCAGUGGCCGAAUUUCUCAUUGGCCUGGUUGGAAAUGGAAUCUUGGCUGUCUGGAGCUUUAGCGAGUGGACCAGGUCACUCAAGGGGUCCUUGUACAACCCCAUUGUCUUGGGCCUGGCUGUCUUCCGAUUUCUCCUGCAGUGGUUGAUCAUGAUGGACUUGAGUCUGUUUCCACUGUUCCAGCGCAGCCUCUGGCUUCGUUACGUUAACGUUUCCUGGGUUCUGGUGAGCCAGGCCAGCUUGUGGUUUGCAACUUUCCUCAGCAUCUUCUACUGCAGGAAGAUCACCACCUUUGAACACCCUGUCUACGUGUGGCUGAAACGAAGGGCUUAUUGCCUGAGUCUCGGGUGCCUCCUGGGGUACCUCAUGAUCAGUUGCUUGCUGAUAGCCCACAUUAGCUUAAAGUACUUCGUUCCUAGUCAAGGAAACAGCAGCAUUGUGAUCCCUCUUUCAAACUGGCACUAUAUGGGCAUAUUGAAGCUCAGUGCAGGAAGUGGCUUGCCUUUCAUGGUGUUUCUUGUUUCCUCUGGGAUGCUGAUUGUCUCUUUGUUUAGACAUCACAGGAAGAUGCGCGUCCACACAGCUGGUAGGAAGGAUCCUCGGUCCAAGGCGCACAUCACUGUCCUGAAGUUCUUGGGCUGCUUCCUGCUGCUCCAUGUGAUUUAUAUCCUGGCGACCCCGAUUUCCAUCACCUCCAAGUCUUUUGAAUCUAAUCUCUCUACAGUCUUCAUCUCUGAGAUAAUCAUGGGUGCUUAUCCUGCUCUUCAUUCUGUCAUAUUGAUCAUGGGGAAUCCCAGGGUGAAGCAGACUUGUCAGAGAAUCCUGUGGAAGACAAUUUGUGCUUGGAGAUCUUGGGAUCAGUGA